CCCAAGGUGUGAUAUUUCAGACUAAGGAGGAUGGCACACUGCCCCCUCAUGUCAUGCUGAAGAUCCGUCAGAACUCCAGCUUUACCGAGAAAACCAAUGAAAUUCGAAGGGCCUACUGGAGACCAGGGCCUAACACUGGAGGGAGAUUCUACUUCCUGUAUGGAUUCGUCUGGAUACAAGAUAUGAUGGAACGGGCCAUUAUCAAUACGUUUGUGGGACAUGAUGUGGUGGAGCCUGGGAAUUAUGUCCAGAUGUUUCCGUACCCCUGCUACACCAGAGACGACUUUCUGUUUGUAAUUGAGCACAUGAUGCCGCUCUGCAUGGUGAUAUCGUGGGUGUACUCAGUGGCCAUGAUGAUUCAGCACAUUGUCGCAGAGAAGGAGCACAGACUAAAGGAGGUCAUGAAGAUGAUGGGGUUGAACAAUGCUGUCCACUGGGUGGCCUGGUUCAUUACCGGCUUUGUGCAGCUCUCCAUCUCUGUGACAGCACUGACAGGCAUCCUGAAAUACGGAAAGGUCCUGAUGCACAGCGAUCCCUUUAUAAUCUGGCUGUUCCUUACAAUCUAUGGCAUCGCUACCAUCAUGUUCUGUUUCCUGAUCUCUGUGGUCUACUCCAAGGCAAAGCUAGCCUCAGCCUGCGGUGGAAUCAUUUAUUUCCUCAGCUACGUUCCAUAUAUGUAUGUGGCUAUCCGCGAGGAGGUAGCCCAUGAUAGGAUCACAGCAUUUGAGAAAUGCAUUGCG